AUGUUUGAUAUAUAUUACAGCUAUGGCUCUUAUUUUACCAACAUCAAUGUCCGCGAGCAGGCCCAGACUGCUGUCGAUAUAGUCAACGAACUCUGGCCGCAAUACGAACACAUUUUUGUGUAUGACAACGCGACAACCCAUCGCAAACGUCCCGAUGAUGCCCUCAGUGCCUUGAAGAUGCCCAAAGCGCCGUCCGGCUCCAGCGCUCGCCAUCCCGACGCCAAUAUCGUGGGUAAGCGCAAGAAGCGUGAUGUCGAUGGAAAGCUGGUCUAUAAUUCCGAGGGAAAAGUCAUUCUCGAGGACGUUCCCAUGAUCGGAGCAAAGCUGCCAAGCGGUGAGCCUCAAGACCUGUAUUUCCCUGUGGGACACGCAAAAGCAGGCAAAUUCAAGGGCAUGCAAAUUGUCUUGGAGGAGAGAGGGAUCGCAGCUGCAAAGCUACCCACCCAAUGCCCCAAAUUCAAGUGUGCUGAUACCUCUGACAGCGCGGCAUGCUGCUGUCGUCGUAUUUUAUUCAACCAACCCGACUUUGUCAAUGUCAAAUCCAUGCUCAAAGUAGAGUGCGAGGCACGAGGGAUUCAAGUUCUCUUCACACCACGAUUCCAUUGCGAGCUGAACCCCAUUGAGAUGGUAAGCAGGAGGACCUUGAACGGAAUUGAAGCUAUUGACGGUGUCCCACUGUUGUUUAUGCGCCGCUUCGUUAACCGGUCUCAUCGCUUCGCGGAUGGGUAUUUCAAUAAACAUCUCUCGGGACCUGAAGCUGCAUGGGCUGCACGGAAAUAUCAUGGCCAUAGGACAUUCCCGACUGAAGUUCUUGACCUGCUACUCAAGGCUAAGCUGUAA